CCCGGCUCGGGCUGCCGGAGGACCCGGAGCUGAGGCGCCCGAGCCCGCCGCGGCGGCCGGGACGAUGUGGUUCUUUGCGCGGGACCCAGUCCGGGACUUCCCGUUCGAGCUCAGCCCGGAGCCCCCCGAGGGCAGCUCACCAGGGCCCUGGGUCCUGCACCGAGGCCGCAAGAAGGCCACAGGCAGCCCAGUGUCCAUCUUCGUGUAUGACGUGAAGCCCGGCUCGGAGGAGCAGACCCAGGUGGCCAAAGCUGCCUUCAAGCGCCUCAAAACGCUCAGGCACCCCAACAUCCUGGCCUACAUCGAUGGGCUGGAGACAGAAAAGUGCCUCCAUGUAGUGACAGAGGCUGUGACCCCCCUGGGAAUGUACCUCAAGGCCCGGGUGGAAGCUGGUGGCCUGAAGGAGCAGGAGCUGUCCUGGGGGCUGCACCAGAUCUUGAAAGCGCUCAGCUUCCUGGUCAAUGACUGCAACCUCAUUCACAACAACGUCUGCAUGGCUGCCGUGUUCGUGGACCGAGCGGGCGAGUGGAAACUUGGGGGCCUGGACUACAUGUACUCAGCCCAAGGCAAUGGUGGGGGACCCCCACGCAAGGGAAUCCCUGAGCUUGAGCAGUAUGAUCCCCCAGAACUGGCUGGCAGCAGUGGCAGAGCCGUCAGAGAGAAGUGGUCAGCAGACAUGUGGCGCUUGGGCUGCCUCAUCUGGGAAGUCUUCAAUGGGCCCUUACCUCGGGCAGCUGCCCUCCGCAACCCUGGGAAGAUCCCCAAAUCCCUGGUACCCCAUUACUGUGAGUUGGUAGGAGCCAACCCCAAGGUGCGUCCCAAUCCGGCCCGCUUUCUGCAGAAUUGCCGGGCACCCAAUGGCUUCAUGAACAACCGCUUUGUGGAGACCAACCUCUUCCUGGAAGAGAUUCAGAUCAAAGAGCCAUCCGAAAAGCAAAAGUUUUUCCAAGAGCUGAGCAAAAGCCUGGACUCCUUCCCUGAGGAUUUCUGCCGGCACAAGGUGCUGCCCCAGCUGCUGACUGCCUUUGAAUUUGGCAGUGCUGGGGCCGUGGUCCUCACGCCCCUCUUCAAGGUGGGCAAGUUCCUCAGUGCCGAGGAGUAUCAGCAGAAGAUCAUCCCGGUGGUGGUCAAGAUGUUUUCAUCCACCGACCGCGCCAUGCGCAUCCGCCUCCUCCAACAGAUGGAGCAGUUUAUCCAAUACCUUGAUGAGCCAACCGUCAACACCCAGGUCUUUCCGCAUGUGGUGCAUGGCUUCCUGGACACCAAUCCUGCCAUCCGGGAGCAGACGGUCAAGUCCAUGCUGCUUUUGGCCCCAAAGCUUAACGAGACCAACCUCAACGUGGAGCUGAUGAAGCACUUUGCCCGGCUGCAGGCCAAGGAUGAUCAGGGCCCCAUCCGCUGCAACACAACCGUCUGCCUGGGCAAAAUUGGCUCUUACCUCAGCGCCAGCACUAGACACAGAGUCCUCACCUCUGCCUUCAGCCGGGCCACUAAGGACCCCUUUCCACCGUCCCGGGUUGCAGGGGUCCUGGGCUUUGCUGCCACCCACAACCUCUACUCAAUGAGUGACUGUGCCCACAAGAUCCUGCCUGUGCUCUGUGGCCUCACUGUGGAUCCUGAAAAAUCUGUGCGGGACCAGGCCUUCAAGGCCAUUCGAAGCUUUCUGUCCAAACUGGAGUCCGUGUCGGAAGACCCCACUCAGCUGGCAGAAGUGGAGAAGGAUGUCCACGCAGCCUCCAGCCCUGGGGUGGGAGGAGCUGCCGCCAGCUGGGCAGGCUGGGCUGUGACAGGGAUGUCCUCACUCACCUCCAAGCUGAUCCGCGCACACCCCACCGCCACGCCGGCUGAGACCAACGCUCCCCAGCGAUCACCCCCUGAGGGACACCCUGCCCCGGCCCCCACCUCGGUCCCUGCUACACCCACAAGCUCGAGUCACUGGGAGACACAGGAGGAGGAUAAGGACACAGCAGAGGACAGCAGCCCUGCUGACCGAUGGGAUGAGGAAGACUGGGGUAGCUUGGAGCAGGAAGCUGAGUCUGUAUUGGCCCAACCGGAUGACUGGAGUGCCAAGAGCCAAGAGAGCCAAGCUGGGCAGGUCAGCCACCCGGACCGCAAGGCCCUAGAGUCAGACUGGAGCAGCUGGGAAGCCGAGGGCUCCUGGAAUCAGGGCUGGCAAGAGCCCAGUUCCCCCGUGCCUCUCCCUGAAGGCACGAGACUGGCCAGCGAGUAUAACUGGGGUGGCAAUGAGUCCAACAAGGGUGACCCCUUCGCUGCCCUGUCUGUGCGUCCUAGUGCCCAGCCCAGGCCAGACCCAGACUCAUGGGGUGAGGACAACUGGGAGGGCCUGGAAACUGAGAGCCGACAGGCGAAGGCUGAGCUGGCCAGGAAAAAGCGGGAGGAGCGGCGGCGAGAGAUGGAAGCCAAACGUGCAGAGAAGAAGGCGGCCAAGGGCCCCAUGAAGCUGGGAGCCCGGAAGUUGGACUGAACCCUCCUGGGCCUUCCAGCCAUGGAGGGGAGGCCCUGCGGAUGUAUUUAUUGUACAAACCAUGUGAGCCUGGCUGGCCUGGCCUGGCACAUCUCAUGUGUACAUAAUCAGAGCCACAAUAAAUUCUAUUUCACACCCCU